GCCGUUGCCCGCGUUGUCCGAUUUGGCCCAUCUCUCUCGGUUUUAAUCAAACUAUUUAUUAUACACCAGGGCAUUGACGAAGAAAACGUUUUUUUUUCCUUUUCAAUUUUCAGACUUCCGUUUACCGUCGUGUUUACUUAACCCGUGUGUCUGUCUGUGUGUGUUCACAGUGUGUACCUAUAUUGCUGCUGUCGGCAAUCAUCAUGGAGACGGACAGCAACAGCGACAACGAGGUGUCGGCCGCGAUGCAGAAUAUGCCGCCGUACAGCCGGGCCAACAUCGAGAUGUUGAUCAGGAGACACCACGCCGCGGUCACCGCCCUGGGAUUGGCGUUCCAAGGGCCGCAGCACGUGGCGGCCGCCGGCGCCGUGGCCACGUCCGUGCCCGCGCCAAAACACCAUACCAUCGACGCCAUACUGGGCCUGAAGCGGGACGACAAGGACCAGGAAUCUGGAGGCGAAAACAGUUGUAACUCGAGCGACGCCGAACGGUCGAGGCCACCUCAGCGCGGGCCGCCGGAACAGCAAAUGCGGGACGACGGACAGCAAAAACGACGGGCCAGCGACAUGAUGGACGACGGCAGCGGCGGCGGAUGCGACAGCAGUGACGGCGAGCCGGACGACGAGCACAUGUCCGGUGGCCGCGCGAGCGCCUCGCCGGCGGCCGCGGCGGGCGGCAUGUCACCGCCGGACAAGAAGAAACACCGCCGGAACCGGACCACUUUCACCACUUAUCAGCUGCACGAGUUGGAGAGGGCGUUCGAAAAGUCGCACUACCCGGACGUGUACAGCCGCGAAGAGCUAGCCAUGAAGGUCAACUUACCGGAAGUCAGGGUCCAGGUUUGGUUUCAGAACCGAAGAGCCAAAUGGCGCCGUCAGGAGAAGAUGGAAGCAGCGAGACUGGGCCUAAACGACUACGUCCACUCCACGAUGACCGGAUCGCUGAGUAGAAUGCCCGGUUCCAGCUUGGCCCUGCCGGUAGACCCUUGGUUGUCACCGCCCCUGCUUAACGCCUUGCCCGGCUUUCUGUCACACCCUCAAACGGGUUAUCCGAGUUACCUGACUCCGCCCGUGGUGCACAGUCCGUCUUCCAUGAAGUCACCAUCUUCCCCUCAACAGAUGACCGUCACUACACCGUCUUUGAUGUCCACGGCCUCUUCCACACCACACACGGCCAGCGAUCCCAGGACCUCGUCAAUAGCCGUACUUAGGCUCAAGGCCAAAGAGCACGUCGAGUCCAUCACCAAAGGCAUGCAAAUGGUCUAAAACACUCGCUGCCAAAAAAAACUGUACAAUAUUUAAUGUAAAUAAUAUGUUUUAUCAUUUUUUUUUUCUUUCGAAAUUCGAAAUCGUUUGACCAUUCCUUGGUUUAUUGUUCGGUGUAACGGGCUCGUUUCGCGUGGAACUCCAUCCAUUGCAUUAUCACUAAAUGUUUAUCACAAACAAAGCCAGUUGGGCCAGUGAAUAUGAAGGCGUACAACCACCGAUCACCGCGAUUGCUUUCAGCCAGUCAUUUGGAUAGCGCUUGUGUGUCUUUACAGCUCUCCAGCGUUGGAAAACAAUCGAUUAAUAGCUGUGGACGGCUCCUUUAUCUAUUGGUCAAAACUAUCCUUUCCCCUGAGAUUGAGAUUGCCUACUUUAACGAUUUUAAGGAGUUGAACGAUAUUUUCAAGUAUAAAUACAUUAUUAUAGGUAGUUUAAAAUAAUAUACUGUAUUGCUUAGAAACCUAAAGUCUCAAACCUAAAGUCAUUUAAAAAAAACCUCCAUUCUCUACUCGACUUCACAAUACAAAAUAAUAUUAUUAUUUAUAGUUAACGAGUAAUAUUGUUUAGAAUUUUGACGCCACCUUUUAAAUAUCGACUGUCCCACAUUGAUAAAAAAUAACAUUAGUUCGCUUACUAAUCUAAUCUACUUCUCCAACUGCGAACCGUUCACACGGUUUAUUACGCGUUUUCAGCAUAACAAUAAUUAGUAUUUAAUAUUUAUUAUCAUUAUCCAAGGAUCAACCGCAUUGCUAUGGCGGUAAAAUUAUAAGUUAAUUUCAAAUACUUGUGACAUUAUCUGGUAGUGACGUGAAAUGGGCUUUACUCUUGAACAAAAAACCUAUUAGUUUUUACCUAUAGUAAACGCUUUUUGAUGUGAAAAGCUAUAAAAACGAAUAUCAUUGAUUACACACCAAUAGCCGUUUAUUAAUAUUGUGUAUUUAAUUAUUUAUUCAAAACGCGACGUAGGCUGUUAAAAACUAUACUUGCGUUGUGAAUACCAAUAUGUCCAUGGCAUUUAGUUAUUAGUUCAAAAAUGAUGUCACUGACAGUCUAAAAAACCAUUGUGCGUGCUUUUUAUUAAUUAUAUAACGUUGUCAGUAUAAUAUAAUAUGAGAA